GUCGCGCAUAUUACAUUUGACCUUGACGUUGAUUAACACGUGCAGUUAGAAAGGUAAUGCCUAGUGUAUGUGUACACGCUCAGCUUCUAAUGGAGGGCAACAUUCAGUUAGCUAAAUGUAUCGAUCUCGCUAGCUAGCUGGCUAAGACAGUGUUGCCCAUAUUAAAACAUCGGUGACUGUCGACAGUAAACUGCGGGUUUGAUGGCAUCAAUAUACCUGAAGUAUUGAGGCGGAAUGCUCAGCGCUUUAUUCUAACGUGGCAUAUAACGGUAUCCUGCAUGCUAGUUCUGGUCGGAAUUGCGAUGUGCCGUGAGAAAGCCUUUACAUGCUACUACUAGCUAGGCUAACUUGAUCUUUGCGGUGCCCUUUUAGAAUGCACUUUCCCUGGCCGUUCCUAGUGUCAGAAUGCAGGACAUCAUGCAACUUGAAACCUGCGUUCUGAAAGACACCUAUUGAAGUAGAAGGCGCCGUUUAAAAUAAAAAUACAAACUCGGUAGACUGUUAAUUUAGCGAUUCAAAGUCACAUUGCAUUGCAGGGUAGUACAGUGCACCAGGCGCUGGCAACUACACAGACUACAGACAUAUCUGGAUCAGUAUAGGCCGAACUGACAGACUAUUUUAGAAGUGAAACUAGCGACUAACAAGCAAACAUACUAUGGUAUACAUUGAGCGCUUAGGCUAUGUCAGUUCAGUAAUUUAAUCACUUCAGGUUUGAAAUCCUGUGCUUUGAUUUGUCUGCUUUAUACUUGUGGGUCACGUACAAUUAUAUCUUUGAUGGGGACGUCUUGAAAGUAGAUUUAAUUGUAACUUCGCUGGCUUGUUUUAUGGAAUUCUUUUUCACCUGUUGUCUGUCUUGAAUGACUCCUUGCCUUCGGGAGUUGAAAGACCGUAAAGUGAGACCAAAUUCUAGGAGGAGGGCGGUGUGUCCGUUCCGUUUUUCCGCACCAGGAUGGAAGUGGGCAUCUCUAAAUCCCAAGUGUUUCUCAACUGCAGUCCCCGCUCCCUCCUCUCCCAGUGGAGUUUCCCCCUGGCCAGUGUGAUGGAGGCGGGGUCUAAAGGCACGCUCAGCACAGGCAAGAUGGCGGCGCUGGCGGCAGGGCUGUCGGUGGGCGCCGCCACGCUGGGAUACAUCGUCUACCGCUCCGUCAGCAGCAACACCCCUGAGCUGGCGGACCCGGAGAGCUCCAGGAUGACUGUGUCGUUGGAGGUGUACCGGAACAUCUCUAGAUACCAGGCAGGCUUCCUGGACCUGGUGAGCCAGCAGUCGGGGGCCCAGGUGAGGGUGCAGACGGAGGGGGGGGACCCCAGCUCCCAGCAGGCCGUGUAUCUGCAGCUGCGGGGCUCUGCAGAGCAGGUUCUGCGGGCCAGGUGUGCUGUGGACAAGCUGGCCAGUGACUGUGAGCCCACCUGCCACGCCAUGGAGGUCCCCUACUCCGCCUUCGGGCGCAUCAUAGGUCGAGGCGGCGAGACACUGAAGUUCAUCGCCAGGACAACGGGCGCCAAAGUGAACUGUCCUCGGGAGAGGGGGCGGAGCCUGGAGGAAAAGGGCAAGGUGUCCAUCACAGGGACCCGCCUGGAGGUCAGGCAGGCCAAGGAAAUGAUCCUGGAGAAGGUUCUGGAGGACCAAACGGUGAGGAUGAGAAUCUCCCAGGCUUCCGCCCGUCGCCAGAAGAGACGACCCCAUGACCCGGAGGUCACCGAGGCCGAGUCCCCUCCCGAGCCAAUCAAUGAGGCUCCAUGCCCUGCCCAGGGGGAGGGGUUUGUCCUGGCCAAUGGGCCGGCAGGAGAGCCGGUGGGGGUGGGGGAUACGGAGUGUAAAACCUUGAAUGGGGACGUGAGACAGGAGGAGGAGGAGGAUGUCGUCUCGCCUGAUUCCCUCUCUGACGUGUCCAAGUUUGAAAUCCCCAGCCCUGACCUGAGCUUCCAGCCGGACGAGCACCUGGAGGUAUACGUGUCAGCCAGUGAGAACCCCCACCACUUCUGGAUCCAGAUUCUUGGAGUGCGCUCCCUGCAGCUGGACAAGCUCACCCAGGAGAUGAGCCGUUUCUACAGCAACGAGUCGCUGCCCGAGCAGCGUGUGGAGGCCCUGGUGGUGGGGGACAUCGUGGCGGCUCCCUACCGGGACCACGGCACCUGGAACCGGGCGCGGGUGCUGGGCGUGCUGGGCGGCCCGUCCGGCCUGGUGGACCUCUACUACGUGGACUACGGAGACAACGGGGAGCUGCCCCGCGACAGCCUCCGCAGCAUGAGGAGCGACUUCCUCAGUCUACCAUUCCAAGCCAUCGAGUGUAGCUUAGCAGACGUCAGUCCGGCAGGCGAGGUGUGGAGCGAGGCAGCCAUGGAUGACUUCGACCGGCUCACCUACUGCGCUGAGUGGAGACCCCUGCUGGCCAAACUGUGCAGCUACUCCCACUCUGAGGUCUCCUCCUGGCCCAGUGUCAAGCUCUACGACAAAAGCCAGGGCAAGGCUGGGGACCUAGGGGAGGAGCUAAUUGCGCUGGGUCACGCUGUGCUUUGCCAGUAUACGGGGAACGGGCAUGGUGACCGUGACGAUGCUGGCUCUCUACAGAGGAUGCUGGAUGACGUUACAGGAGCAACAUCUGAGCUCAGCCUGUCCUGUAUCAGCCUAUCAGGGUGGCUUACGCUGUAUCAAGCUACACCCAACCAGGGUGAAGAGAGGGUGUCUGGGCUGCAGACUCCAUCGUCAUUCUCCUCCCAGCGCUCCCCGGAGGUGCAGCGGGCCGACGUGGACGACAGCCCCUCCCCAGGGCUCGGCCCCGGCUUCUUCCACUCCACCCCGGCCCCCCGUGCCCUGCUGGGCCUGGACUCCUCCAUUGCGGAGACUCCCGGGCCACAGCCCCUGUCCCCGGACCAGAGGGCCCCGGACCCGCGCUGCCACACGUUUAACCAGACCCCCAGCCUGUACGCGGAGCCUGUUCUCAGCCUCACGUACACGCUUUCUGUCUCCCUCUUACCCUCUCCCUCUGCCUCCUCUCUCUCUCCCUCUGCCUCCUCUCUCUCUCCCUCUGCUUCUUCCCUCUCUCCCUCUGCCUCUUCUCUCUCUCCCUCUGCUUCUUCCCUCUCUCCCUCUGCCUCCUCUCUCUCUCCCUCUGAUUCUUCCCUCUCUCCCUCUGCCUCUUCUCUCUCUCCCUCUGCUUCUUCCCACUCUCCCUCUGCCUCCUCUCUCUCUCCCUCUGCCUCCUCUCUCUCUCCCUCUGCCUCUUCUCUCUCUCCCUCUGCCUCCUCUCUCUCUCCCUCUGCCUCAUCCGCCUUCUCCCCCUCUGCCUCCACUUCAUCGUCCGGUCCGAGGAAGGCCACCCCGUCGAUGGCGUCCGUUACGCUCAGCGACGACGUCUUCCUGGAGCGUGCCAGUUUUGAGCACAACUCUUCCCUCUCCUAUUGGUCCUCGGGGGCGGGGCUUGUGGACCAGAGUAGCAGUGGAGGGCGGAGCUCCACCAGUAAAGGAGUUGGCUCUCCUUUCUCCUCCUCUCCCAGCCAGGAGAUCUGUGGUCUGGGGAAGGGAGGAGCUGGCGCGGGGGGUGGAGGUGGGGGUGUGGAAGUACUGGUUGGAGGCAGCAGCCUGGGUGGAGGCAGCAGCCUGGGUGGAGGCAGCAGCCGGAGUGGAGGCAGCAGCCUGGGUGGAGGCAGCAGCCGGAGUGGAGGCAGCAGCCGGAGUGGAGGCAGCAGCCGGAGUGGAGGCAGCGCUAGCAGCAGUGAUGUCAUCUACAUUGGGACUACGCAGCUGCCAGAAGUAGAUUCCAGGGAGAGGAGGGAUGAGAGCAGGAAGAACGGGAGGAAGGCACAGUCACCCAGACAGGAAGCUGAACUGGGAGACCAGACUUCCAGGAAGUCCCGGGGGGGAGAGGUGAUGGACGUCUCCCUGAGUCGAGCCCUGACGGAGAAGUCGCGUCGAUCUCAGGAAGUGUUGAUGACGUCAUAGAGGACGAGAUGACAAUACUGAACUGACCGUCCACUCUGCUACAAACUCUGAAGAAGCAGACCUCCCCCCCCCCCCCCCCGACUCCAAACCGACCACCCCCACCAAAGCCCUUUAUCAGGAAGCCUUAGUACUUGAAUGUGUGUUCAGCAGAUCAUUCUUCCAGACAAUUUUCGUUGCACUGUUGUUAUCGACUCCUGUCCCUGAAAAGGGUCGGAUUCAAACCUCUGUUCCUCACGCCGUUUAUGCUAUUCUGUUGCCGCUCUAUGCUUUGUUUGCCUUUAUUAUGUGUAUACCUUCAUACAUUGAAACCGUUGAAGUGCUUAGGAGAGCUACCAGAAAAAACGAAUUCCAGUAUUAUUGAUUGAUUGUUCAAAGCACUGUGAUAUGAGCCAUUGGACGUUGAAAGGCCACCUUGGCAAGUGUCGUUUUGGUUUUUAUUUUCGUUUUUCUAUUUUUGAGUAAAUUAAAAUGUAAGGUCCCAUGCGCUUUAGAUGCUGCUUAAGUUGUAAGACGUUAUGAGGGUGAAUGUUGUGUUCUGUAAGAGGAAAUGAAUGUUAUCAACAGAAACAGAAAUUAUAUUCACUGAACUGCAUAAAUAUAUUUACAGAUAUAAGCGGUGCAAUUGUCAAGCACUGCAUGUAUACAGUCAUAUCAUUGCAAUGUAUAUUUACAAAUAAAGCUAUAAUGUUACGUUUA